AUGAGUCUCAUCUACCCUACCGGCGGCGCACUUGGUGCCUUAGGCGUCAUCGGGCUUUAUAUGCUCUUCAAUGGCGAAGGCGAACAAUUCAAUGUUGGACAAUUCCUUGAGACAGUGUCGCCGUACGCAUGGGCGGACUUGGGCAUUGGACUCUGCAUAGGGUUGUCGGUGGUGGGAGCAGCAUGGGGAAUCUUCAUCACCGGCACCUCCAUCCUCGGCGGUGGCGUCAAGGCACCACGGAUACGAACGAAGAACCUCAUUUCCAUCAUCUUCUGCGAAGUCGUGGCCAUCUACGGCGUCAUCAUGUCCAUCGUGUUCGCCUCGAAACUAUCCAUGGUACCGGAAGAGGCACUCUACACGGGAUCGAAUUACUACACUGGCUACGCACUAUUCUGGGCUGGGUUGACAGUUGGAAUGUGCAAUUUGAUCUGUGGUGUCAGUGUGGGCAUCAAUGGGAGCAGUGCGGCGCUCGCAGAUGCGGCGGAUGCAACGAUGUUUGUCAAGGUGUUGGUCAUUGAGAUCUUCUCAAGUGUGCUGGGGCUGUUUGGAUUGAUUAUUGGGCUUUUGGUGAGCUCGAAGGCGGCCGAAUUCUCGUCAUGA